AUGUUCGGCAUCUUCGCGGACCUGUUGUCCUCCGUGAUCACCAUCCUCUUCCCCAUCUUCGCUUCCUAUAAGGCUCUACGCUCCGCGGAUCCCUCCCAACUGGCGCCAUGGCUGAUGUACUGGGUGGUGCUAUCUGUUGUACUGCUGGCGGAAUCCUGGACCGUGUUCAUUAUCGGGUGGUUCCCGUUCUAUAGUUGGAUUCGACUCACUUUUAUGUGCUAUCUCGUCCUCCCUCAGACACAAGGCGCUCGCAUACUAUACCAGGACUACGUUGAUCCGUUCUUGUUUCGCCAUGAGCGCGAUAUUGAGGAAUUCAUCGGUCGGUCGCAUGAGCGGGCCAAGGCACUCGGGCUGCAAUACUUUUACAAAGCAUUCGAUUUGAUCCGGGAAAAAGUCAUGGGCCUGCCUCCCCAGCAGCCAGCUCCUCCUCAUCCACCACCACCCUCGGGGCCCGCGGCCUACGCACAGUCCUUGUUAUCUCGAUUCAACCUUCCUACCGUUGGUGCCGCCUCCGUGGCCGGCGCCCCGACGGGUGCACCGACCGCGCCCCAGGACUGGUACUCUGUUCUGGGUGCGGCACUGGGCUCGGUCACGUCCUCGAGCAAGCCCCGUGAGGUGCACGAGGAGGAGUUAUCAGCCAGUGGGACCCUUCUCCAACGCAAACUGCAGACCAUGUCCGGUGCUGAGAAGGCGAGUUACAUUUCUCGGCAGCGAGAGGUAUUGGAUUAUCUGCGGUCUACCCUCAGCCGUGAAGAACAGUCCUUGGGUCGCGAGGACACGGACAGUGACCCUCUCGCCUACGGCGCUCCGCUCCGGAAGAACCCAAGUGAUACUUCAUUCGACGUGCUUGAUGACGAAGACUUAGGAAACCGUCCAGGUUUGCGCCAGACGAGCAGCCGCUGGACAUCAGGCUGGCUCGGGGUGAUCGAGACUCAUCAGGCUCAUUCGGCGGUGCUGACCAUGCUCGUGCGUCCGGAUACGACCGUUACUGAGGCGUAG